AUGUCCUCAAUGCGAAAUGCCAUCCAGCGGAACCCCCACAGGGAGCGUGCCCAGCCGCUGGAGCGCCGACGCCUCGGUCUUUUGGAAAAGCACAAGGACUACUCGAAGCGAGCACAGGACUACAACAAGAAGAAGAAGCAGCUCAAGAACCUCCGCGCCAAGGCCGCCGAGCGCAACGAGGAUGAGUUCUACUUCGGGAUGAUGUCCCGCAAGGGACCCGGCUCGAAGCUCAUGGACGGCAAGAGGUGGAGCGGAACGGUGCAGGGCGACCGCGGCAACAAGUCUAUGAGCGUGGAUGCCGUGCGGCUGCUGAAGACUCAGGAUAUCGGCUAUGUGCGCACGAUGCGACAGAUUGCACAGAAGGAGGUGGCAAAGCUGCAGGAGCAGGCUGUCCUGACGAAGGGUCUGGAUCGCCUGGACGAGGAUGACGAUGACGAGGAUGAGGACGAUGACGACUUUGAUUUGCCUCCCAAGUCGAUGAGGGCCAAGCCCGCGAGGAAGAUUGUCUUCUUGGACACGGAAGAGGAGCAAGACGAGGUGGUGCAGGAUAGACUGGAGGAAGAAGACGGCCACGAAGAAGAAUUCGAGGGAAUCGACGAUGAUGAGGAGGAAGGGGACGAGGCAGAGGACGAGAGAGAAAAAUCACUACGAAGGGUACGGAGACAGCUUGAGGCUGCCAAGCACAAGUUGAAAGUUCUGACGGAUGUCGAGAGGGAACUUGAGCUACAACGGGCAAAGAUGGCCAAGACGGCCACAUCUGGGGGCGAGACUAGGAGAGGGAAAAAGCUCAAGUUCCGCACACGAAAGAGGUAA